AUGGAGGCAAGCAAAGAAGAAGCGCUUCGCUGUAUAAAUCUCGCCAGAAAGUAUUUGGAUACAGGCAAUUAUCAAAAAGCAUCCAAACUUGCUGAUAAAUCCGAACGAAUUCUCCCUACAUCAGAAGCAGAAGACUUCAGAAGAUAUAUGGCUAAAGAGAGGACUACCAAUAAGACGAAGCCUUCUGCCGCAUCGACUGGAACUAGUAAUGGCUCUUCAACUAUGCGUGAUAGAACCUCAAAUGCACCGAAAAGCAAUGAUUUUUCUCAGGCAUCAUACACACGUGAACAGAUUGAAAUUGUUCGGAAAAUAACAAAAUUAAAGGAACAUGAGUAUUACGAAAUAUUAAAUUUGACAAAGGACUGCAAAGAUCUAGAGAUAAAAAAGUCGUACCGGAAACUCGCAUUGCAACUACAUCCAGAUAAGAAUCACGCACCAAAUGCUGAUGAAGCUUUUAAAAAGGUUUCCAAGGCGUUUCAGGUUCUUUCGGACCCGAACAUGAGAGCGCACUACGAUCGAACAGGAGCAGACCCAGAAUCACGAGCUAGUACCUCUACUUCCUCAUUUGCUCAACGGGCUGGUCCGGGUUUCCAGGGUUUUUCUGGCUAUCCACAAGCACAGAUGUCACCCGAAGAUUUGUUCAAUUCAUUCUUUGGCGAUCAGUUCUUUUCAGGAGGACCAAACACAUUUUUCUUUGGCGGACCUGGAGUUCGUGUUCAUCAAUUUGGAGGUCGUCCUCGGAGAUUCCGUAGGCAACAAGCCCAAGAUACUAGUAGCAAGAGUACGCUUUACCAAAUCCUCCCCAUCCUCAUAAUUGUUAUCUUUGCAUUUUUGUCUAAUUUUACUUCUUUUGACGAUUCGUCCGUUCGUGCUGGAUACUCCUUUGCGCCUACAGAAAAGUAUUCUGCCCAGUACGUGUCUCCGAAAUAUAAGGUUCCGUACUAUGUGAAUCCAAAACAAUACAAAUCUCUGUCUUCUCGAGACUCUUAUAGACUGGCUAAUCAGAUAGAGCAACAAUACGCGGAGAAAAUGCACGCUGAGUGCAUUAAAGAAAGAGAGUACAAGGAGAAUCAGAUCCGGAAAUCUUAUGGUUGGUUCUUCCCUGAUGAAGAAAAGUUAAGCAGGGCGAAAGAAAUUUCUUUGCCUCAUUGCGAUGAGUUUUCUCGGCUCAGUUAUCAUAAAUCAUUUUCUAAUUAUUAUUACUAUUAA